UACAAUUACUAGGCGGGUUUAAAAGUUGGACAUUACGUGUGGGUUUUCGAUUUGUAUUAAUGGGGCCCAUGGUUCAGUGAUCAAACCUUUCACAUCAUGGGAGUCAUAGUGGAUGGCCCAUACACCAAAAAAAUUCCUGAGAUUUAAAGACCCCAGCUGUUUAAUUUUUGUGGCUAUUACAGGAUCCAUUUUAGAUUGACCCAUGAAAAAUUGUAGAUGGGAAAUAUCAACCCUUAAAUAAAUGUUCAGUAAAUAGACAAAGAAAAUAAAGUAUAAUUUUAAAACUCACUGAAUCGACUCGAAACUCAGCCAAGUAAACUUGACCAGGAGAGAUUUCAAGGUGUGUCAAAGAGAAAACCGGCUUUUCAGUGUGACUCAGCCAAGUUUCAGGGAGACUCAAUCAGUCAACUUGCUGACUCCAUUGACUCAAUGCGACUUGCGAAAACGACUCGGCCAAGUAUCAGGGAGAAUCGAUGGGUUGACUCACUGAUUUGGUUGACUUGAUGCAACUUGCGAUGAUUCAAGCAUGUCACUCAUGAACAAUCUUUCUCUUUUAAUAAAAUUUAUUGAGCUGAUGGGAAAGAUUCAAAUCCUCAACCUUUUAUGAAAGAACUAACGUUUUUCACCAUUGCAAUAAGCAUGCUAUAGAUAUUUAUUUUUUCUAUUUUGUAUACUUUACAAAUAUUAUAUAGAGUUUAUUAUAACCCCUUAUAUUUUAGUUUAAUUAUUAAAUACCGGUUUGGGUCAUGUAGAGACUUGAUCGAGUCUUGAAUCAACCCAACCCAGCUGGACAUCAAACAAAGUUGAUUUUUUGGGUUUUUAAACUAUGAAAUAAAGCAAUGUUCUCAUUCAUCUGGGAAAAGGCCAAAGACUCGAUAGCUAGUAGUUGUAUUUACGGGCAUUUGUGCAUGGACUAUCCAUUAUGGGGCCCACCAAAGUAACCACUUGGAUCACAGAAACAGAAGACUGACAUACGGUUGAAACUCACAACUAAGCAUUGUACAAUGCCUCUUUCUUCCUAUUUUGUUGAUGCUUCCUGUAAAUUUUGCUGUAUAAGUGAAAAGGGGAUGUUCAACAGUGACCAUCUAUCUAAUGCAUCUCUCACCAUUUGAAAACGAGACUGAUAGAACAGUUCUAUCCAUUGGCGCAUUUCAAAUGGAUGGUGAAAACAGACAUGUCAAUGGUUGAGUUUGGCAUGGAAAGGUGGGGAAGGUUUAUGGCUUGGAUCAUCUGAUAGAUCACUAUGGGCCAUCUAUGCCAGGCCCAACUAGAUGCCACUGUGGAGAAAUCAUUGGAUAUUCAAUAAGAGGAUAUGCAAAGUAUACUCAGGUUUUCAGUUUGCAAAAGUGGGGUCCAUGGUUUAAUGAGCCAAUCCUGGGUAUGUUGGACCACAUUGUGGAUAGAGACAAUGCCCCAGAAAUAUCCUUCUUAGUAUAACUCUACCUUUCUAUUUGUAGCCUGAGAACAGGUGGUCAAGAAGAGUAAUAUGACAAUAGCCCACAUCAAUUAGAAAAAGGCUCAAGAUCGAUGGAUAGGAUGUUCCAAUAUAUGAGACUUUUCUGUCAUUGCCCAUCCAUGGUGUAACCCAAUAGACCAGUGGUCUGGGUCACUGAACCACAGACCAAUGUAAUGGUUGCUCUGUUAUUAUGAUGAGUAAUACUAUGGUGGUUUGCUGUCUACUUUCAACAGUCCCAACACUGUCCUUAUCCCACUAUGAGGGUGUCAAUCAAAAAGCUGUGGGGUCUGCUAUGAUGUGUUCAUCCAUCAUCUGGCACUGUCUGACAGAUCAUGUUAGGACAUGACACCAAAAAUAAGGCAGAUCCAAAACUCAAGUCAGACACACCGCAGGGAACAUUAAGGAUGUAGAUGCACAACAAUGAGACUUUCCUGGUGCCCACUGAAGUUUUGGAUCAGGCUGAUAUUUUGUAUUUUCCUUCAUCCUGGUUGCACUCACUUUAUAAAUGUGUUGAAACUUGAAUGUCAUAUCGACAUCACAGUAGGCCCCAGAAAGGUUUCAGUGGUGGUUGUGCUCAGUCUCACUAUUCCCUGUGGUGUGGCCCACUUGAGUUUUGCAUUGACCCAAGUUUUGCAGUGGCAUCCUAAAAUGAGCUUGCACAAGUGGUGGAUGGAGUUGGUGCCACACAUGUCAUGGAGGGCCCUGCAGUGCUUUUUGUUGUGGAAGUGAACUGCCUGGGCGAAUUGCUCGAGCGAAUCUUGGUAGCAUUACUCUAUUAUGAUGUUCAUUCUACUCUCUUAAAAGCUCAAAACCAAUGAGAUAAAGAAAUGGUGAGAGAUUCAAAAGAAUACCUGGUACUAAGAGUUACUGAACUAGCACAGAAUAAUGCUGAGCUCCGCAAACAUCUCCAUCAAGUGGUAGUAGAGAAACUAGAGCAGGAGAAGAGCUUCCGCUUAUUGAUAGAGGAAAAGACUUUAGAAAUUAAGCGUAUACUUGGUGAAGAUGUUUCUCAGAGAGACAUACUAAAGGAGGAACCAGAAGACUUGUUUUCAAAAUUUCAAGAAUUGAAGAUAAGACACAGGGAGAGUUCACGGGAGAUUCAACAGCUGAGGAUGGAGCGCGACUUACUAAUAGAAGAAAAGAAAGAGAGGGAGGGGCGGUUGAUUUUGUUAAAGGAUAGCUUGCAUUCAAUCUUAUCCGAUUUGUCGGUGGGCCAGGAUGGCAAUGAAGUUCGGAUGCAUAUGGACAAAAGAACUGAGAAUGAGUUGUUAAAACGAGCAUUGUGGAUGGUGAAGUCCACUGCACGGAUGGUAGAGACAUUGGAAGGUGAAGAAGAAGAGAUUGAUGGGAGAGGAGCUGCUGGCUUUGAUGGAGAGGAGGGAGAGGAAGAGAUGAUUCGAGUGCUCGAUGCAGAGCUGAAAGCUAUCUGGAGGGGUUAUUGGAGUAGAGUGAUGAAGACGGAGGACUUGAAAAGGAGGAAAGAGACUGAACAUGUCUUCAACAAAGGGAAAAUGGAAGCUAUUGCUUUAGUUGGCUGUUUUAGCAUUGUCUUCUUGAUUGUGUCAAUAGCAGCUAUUGCUGCUAGUUGUAAGUACUAUUUAAGAUAGGAUUUUAUCUGAAGAUCAAAAGUGGAUUUUAUUUUUA